GGGCACUAUUGUGUGGCGCUUUCUGUUCCCCAGGAAGCUUAUUUGCGGAGCGUAUGACCGAGGAUAGCCAAAUCAUGCAUGUACCCCUCAUUCACCAUCUACACAGGGAUCGUUCUAGGCAUCUAACGUGUCUGCGUCGUACCUCUGUCCAUCGGCACAUGCUUUUUUUGUCAAACUGUUGUUACCGUUACAGGAUGCUAUUGCUUAUGCAGCUGUAGCCACCCUUCCAAAACCGAUAUAUAUUACAAGGCGCUUCUAUACCAAGGCCCUAUUAAUCAACCUGCAUUCGCUUCUACAUCUUCCAGCCUACACAAGGCACCUUCACAAACGCUCCUUUAGGAGUAGCUCGCUCGCCUGUAUACAGACACACUGUAUCAGAUUCUGCAACCGACCUUCGCCAUGACUUCUUCAUCUACCUCUUCGCCGCCCAAUCCCAAUGAUUCUAUGAAACAAACAUGGCCCAAAUGGGACAGAUCACGAUGGCAAAUUUAUCACAAAUUGAUUGACACACUCGACGUAUACCCUGUUCGGGCUGGCCAGCCCAUCCCAGUCCACCCCAAGAGUGACAAGGUGCCGCACCUACCACAGUGGUCACAGCAUGUCUGGAUUCUUUCCUUUGCCUGGAUCCCUCUGGCCAUUCAUCAGAUGUAUCUUUAUACCACUGGUGUGGCAUCCAUGCACCCGGUGGCCGUCUUCUUGUUGUACAUGAAUGCUCUGAACUUUUCGGUAGUUCAUGAGGUCAGAGUCCUCGCAAAACUCGGUCACAUACACGGGUUUCUCGACGGCGACCAGCAUGAACGCGAUGGAAUCCCCGACGUGGGUGUGGCAAGAAUUUUCUAUUCGCUCUUCAAAACGAUUGGUGGCCGCCUCGGACUCUUCGUCUACCUAGCAUACGACAAGACCGUCUCUCCACUGGAAGCAUUGUCCGAGCCGUCGUGGUGGCCCAAGGUGUUUGUCCAGAUUGGCCUGUAUGCCGUCGUCUUAGACUUUUGGUUCUAUCUCUACCACCGCGCCAUGCAUGACAUUGGGCCCCUCUGGCGCUUUCACCGCAAGCACCAUCUUACAAAGCACCCGAAUCCGCUGCUCUCUGCAUAUGCAGAUGACGAGCAAGAGAUUUUUGACAUGAUUGUCGUGCCGCUCCUCACAUUUUUCAGCAUGGAGGCGCUUGGGUUCAAAUUAGGGUUCUAUGAGUGGUGGAUCUGCCAGCAGUAUAUCGUCUACACAGAGGUCUGGGGCCAUAGCGGCCUGCGAGUCCAUCUCAUUGCCCCAUCUACUUUCGCGCCGAUUCUCACUUGGAUUGGGUGCGAGCUUGCUGUCGAGGACCAUGAUCUGCACCAUCGCAAGGGCUAUCGCAAGAGCUACAACUAUGGCAAGCAGACGAGAGUAUGGGAUCGGCUUUUUGGAACAACUCAUCCGCGCAUUGAAUCGGAAGCCAAUAAUAUUGACUGGGUAAAUCAAGCGCGGAUGCCACUGUGGUAAAGAAAAGAACAGUUAUUGUCGUUUAAUCAAAGAUACAGGACGUUUUAGUUAACAAGCAAAAGAUUCGCAUAUGGAUUACUGUAAAGCCAUGAAUCAUUAUUCUCUUUUCUUCGUAUUUAU